AUGGCGCAAACCAACAAGCAGGGCAAGGAGAUGUCCUCCCGAUUGGCGACCAUGAAGUUCAUGCAACGCUCUACUGGCUCUCCUUCAAGCCCGCGCACUCCUGACCAGCCGUCUGGCAAAAGACAGCGGAUGUCCAAUGGCUCGUACAACUCCACUCCGGCGUCCACCGAUGCCCAGCGCGUAGAGGAGGCCAUAGCGACAGAGGAGCGCAAACGCGCAGAGAUAGCAGAGAGGGAGGCAGCGGGUCGCGGCGAGACGAAAUGGUAUUUGAGCUUCAAAGAGCCACCAGUAUCGCAGCAGUCUGAGUCUCCAUUACGGAUCGUGUCGGCGGGAUACUCUGCGCUAGAUGCAGCAGGAAGGGAGCGAUCAUCUGAAGAUGAGGGCGAGGAGGACAGCGUGAGGCGACAGAUGCAGGGCAGAAGGAGUUUUGGCAAGUUCAAUCGAAAGCUAGAGAAACAGCAAAAGUCUUACGACGCGGAGUCUUCUUCUUCAUCCGAAUCGGAAGACGAAGACGAGGAAGAAUCAGAUGAAGACGACCCAACCGGAUCCGCAGCCAUGAUCGCCCAGUCUCGCAGAGAGGCCGGCGACAAGGCACGCGCAGAGCGCAAAGCCAAACGGAAGGCUGAGCAAGAGGAGGCAGAGGUCAUGGCUGGAGAGCGCCGGAAGAAGCAGAUCAAGCUCAAUAGUAACCCUCAGAGUAUUUCGAGUGGUGGCGGGAAGCUUCGGGCUGGUGGAGGAAACACAGAUCAAGCGUGCUUCAAGUGUGGCCAGAAAGGCCACUUGAAGCGGGACUGUCCGCAGUGA